GUCUCGUGCUCGGUGUGCGUUUCUGCACCCAUCCGCGUCAUGAAAGUCAACAUGAUCCUUCUUAACACUUUCCCAGCAUCUACUACAUCUCUCAGCGUAUUUAGGUCGGUAUUGACGUAGGAAUAGACCUGAACUCCGAUUCGGAUGACUCAGUGUACGGCGAGACUACCCGAAACCCGAUUUCUGGGUUUUGUUUGUAAACUUCGCACGCUUUUUUCUGUCAGAUGCAUGAAUUCUCCUGCUUUUCAGCUCUGGCUCUGAUGCGUUACUACGUUGUAACUGGUGAUAAAAUCAUGCUGACGGUAAAGUAAUUCGGGUUAUUUUUCGCUAGGAAGGCGAUUCGACAACAUCUAAAUUGUUACACGGUUUCACAUAUUUGAACAAAACUUAUAUACCUCAAAUCAAACUGCUAAAAAGUACAAAUAAAACAAUGUGUCCGGCCAGUGAGAAUAAUAUUAAUAUUUAUUUUGAUCAACCAUCCGCACAAUUUGCUCCAGGGGAUUACAUCACUGGAAAAGUAGUACUUGUUGUGAAUCGAGGAAAACAUAUUUUGGGGUUGAACAUGAAUCUGCUGGGGAAAGCAAAGGUGACUUGCAUCCAUGAAGACAGUCAAGUCGCGCGACGAGGACACCGAAGACUUUCUUCACGGAAAUACAGCGAUAAAUAUUUCAUCAUAAAGGAUGUCAAAAUGUUGCACAGAAGUGACGAGGAUGAAACUUCAUCAGAGGACCACCGACUUUCCAUUGGAACUUAUGAAUAUCCAUUUACAUGGCAGUUACCUGAAAACAUUCCAGCGUCGUUUGAAGGCCCAUAUGGCUGGAUAAGGUAUAGAAUGGAAAUUAUCGUGCGCUACUCCUUCUGGGACCAUCGCUGUGAAGCAGAAGCAGAAAUCAUGGUCUUGGGAUGCUACGAUUUGCGGAAUUUGGACCGCUUAUAUAAAGAGGUGCACGUCGAGAACAAAUCUUUGCAAGUUUACAACAUGUAUGGGAAUACUCAUUUGGAACUCACCUUUGAACUGGAAAGAAGAGCCUACGUCCCAGGAGAAACUGUAAAGUUUGCUGCUACCGUGGAUUUUAGAAAUGAUGGAGGUCAUCCACCCAUUCGUGGCGUCCGUGUGACAUUAAUUCAGGAACAAACAUACAAAAUCAAGGACAAAGUAAAGCGCUACUUUAGCAAAACAAAUGAAAUUCAUGGACCAAUGGUAUUUGCAAACGCGAUAGAAGUAUGGAAUAGCUCAAUUGUAGUACUGCCACUACCACCAACCGCGUUAGGAGGAGCAUGCCGUCUAAUUGAUGUCCAAUAUUACUUAAGGGCAAAUCUGAGUAUUUCUGACAAUGAUAAGAUCGAUUUCACCACGAAGCUGCAGAUUGGUACAAUUCCAGUUCGACGGAGCAGACAAAACGGGCCACCCCCUUUGGCUCUACAAGAAGAAGUGUUUGGUGCAUCGAUUGAGUAUGCAGACCGGGAUGAAAUGGUCGUCCCUGAUCAUUCCCCACAUAUUAAUGGCACUGCACCUCCAAAUUUACUGGAUUUCUUAGCAGUUCCACCAACGUCGUCAAGAAGGGCAAGUGCACCAUUGUGGAUGGAAACGGUUGAAAUUGGAGAGCCCGUAGCUGGACCAUCAUCCGCACCACCAAGGCGACAUUUAGGUGGACGAGAAACUCGUCCCCUGCACUUGAACCGACAUCAAAUGCUGCUGAAGAUGACGAAGAUGCGCCACCAGAAUAUCCACGCCAGCCUCCAUUCUUUUUACGUAAAGGAGCUAAACACCUUUUUGAUAACUAUAAUGCAUACUCAACCUUGUAACAGCAUGUACGAACUAAUAAUAUUACGCUGCAUAUGUGACUAUGAUUGCACAUUGGUUAUUUUACACUUUAUAAUUUCAAGCUUUUUUAUGUUCUUUUGUAGAGUUAUAGCUGUUACAAAGCUACGAAGACUUUCAUAAUGCGUACCUUAACUCAUGGCUCAUCUCAUUAUUAUACCUCGUAUUAUUAUACCUGCCAAAAAUAGGUCCAAGCGGUAUGCAAAAAUGUUUUGCACUGCUCAUUCCAGUGACUGCUAUUUUAUUUAUGUACGAUAAAUUAUACUGAACGCAUUCAUUUGUAAAUGCUUGUAACAAAUUUCUGGCUCAUAUCUUCCUAUCAUUAUAAACCUGUUUUAAAUACUCGAUUUGCAUUUGAAUACAAAUGUUUUGUAUUUUGCAAAAUUCUUAACAUUUUCCAGUAGUCUUAAAUUGUAGCAUAAUUAUUACAUGUGUCAACACCAAACCCAGUACCUGUAAUUCCAUUUCAAAAGGUUACUCUUAAUAAAUAAUGUUACACAAAUCGAA